AUGCCGGAUCUGUUCCACGGGGAUAGUGUGCCCCUGAACACACCCGGCGGGUUUAAAACCAUGGACUGGGUGCAGAAUCAUCUCCCCAAGCAGGCAGAGCCCAUUACUGAUGUGAUUCUGAAUGAAACGCGAGAAAGACUCGCGUGUGAGCGUAUUGCAGGUGUUGGAUACUGCUUCGGUGCGAGGUAUGUCGGUCGGUAUCUCGGGAACGGGAAACUCGAUGCGUCGGGAUUCACCGCGCAUCCGGGCAUGCUUGACUAA